AUGCAGCCCGCCAUGAUGAUGUUCGCCAGCAAGUACUGGGCGCGCAGGGGCUUCUCGCUGGACUCGGCGCCGCCUGAGGAGCACCGCGGCCUCGCCCUAAAUAGAUCAAAUUCUGGGAAAAAUGAGGAAAAGAAAGGGAAUAAGGGAAAUGGGAAAAGUGAAUCUAUUUCUGAAGGUGGAAAGACAGCUGUGGUGUUUUCCUUGAAGAAUGAAGUUGGUGGAUUGGUGAAAGCUCUCCGACUCUUCCAGGAGAAACAUGUGAGUAUGGUUCAUAUUGAAUCAAGAAAAUCCAAGCGAAGGAACUCAGAGGUAGAAAUUUUUGUGGACUGUGACUGCAGUAAGAAAGAAUUCAAUGAACUAAUCCAGCUGCUCAAGUUUCAAACUAACAUCGUAUCUCUUAAUCCACCAGAAAACAUCUGGACUGAUGAGGAAGAUCUCGACUGUGUGCCUUGGUUCCCCCGGAAGAUAUCUGAAUUAGAUAAAUGCUCACAGAGGGUUUUGAUGUAUGGAUCUGAACUGGAUGCAGAUCACCCUGGAUUUAAAGACAAUGUCUAUCGACAGAGAAGAAAAUACUUUGUGGAUGUUGCCAUGAGCUAUAAAUAUGGUCAACCUAUUCCUAGAGUGGAGUACACAGCUGAAGAAAUUAAAACUUGGGGAGUGGUAUUUAGGGAACUCAGUAAACUCUAUCCCACUCAUGCUUGUCGUGAAUAUUUAAAAAACUUUCCGCUGCUGACCAAGUACUGUGGAUAUAGAGAGGAUAAUGUGCCUCAACUGGAAGAUGUUUCUGUUUUUCUUAAAGAAAGGUCUGGCUUCACAGUGAGACCAGUUGCUGGAUACCUGUCUCCCCGAGACUUUUUAGCUGGAUUAGCAUAUAGAGUUUUUCACUGUACUCAGUAUAUACGACAUGGCUCAGAUCCUCUCUACACGCCAGAACCGGAUACUUGCCAUGAACUCUUGGGACACGUACCUCUACUUGCUGAUCCGAAAUUCGCUCAGUUUUCACAAGAGAUAGGACUUGCUUCACUGGGAGCAUCUGAUGAAGAUGUUCAGAAGCUGGCUACUUGCUAUUUUUUUACUAUUGAAUUUGGCCUUUGCAAGCAAGAAGGACAGCUACGUGCUUAUGGGGCAGGACUUCUAUCUUCUAUUGGAGAACUAAAGCAUGCUCUCUCUGACAAGGCCAAUGUGAAAACUUUUGAUCCAAAGACAACCUGUUUGCAAGAAUGCCUUAUCACCACUUUUCAAGAAGCUUACUUUGUUUCAGAAAGUUUUGAAGAAGCGAAAGAAAAAAUGAGGGACUUUGCCAAAUCAAUCAAUCGUCCCUUUUCUGUGUAUUUCAAUCCGUACACACAGAGCAUUGAGAUUCUGAAAGAUACCAGGAGUAUAGAAAAUGUCGUCCAGGAUCUCCGGAGUGAUCUAAACACUGUAUGUGAUGCUUUAAGCAAAAUGAACAGAUAUUUAGGAAUUUGACAUUUGUGGUACUGUGACUUGCUGUCUGCUGCUCUUUCUGUAGCCGGUCUAGUAA